AUGACAACUGAGGCGCCGGUAGCACAAAGUGGGGCUCGAUUUUCGUGCUAUCUUGCCCCUAAACAGCGUGGCAACGACAAUAAAACUUGGCGCAAGGAGUCAAUUUUGCAAUGUAACUCGGCGCCGUGGACGCUGCUGGCGAGCGAGGAUGGCAGCGGCGGUGAAGAGGAAGAGUCGGCAAACCGGCAAAUCGGCAAAUCGCAACUUCGAGGCUGCGGGAGGACAUUUCGUGGUCUUUCUGAAAGCAGUACCAAGCCGGGAAAAUGGGGUCAUGCAAGCUGUGUACAUGUUAAUGUUUUUCUUGCAGAUUCUUUGCGAUUCAUUCUCACAAAUGGGCCGUCCAGGUUCGUAAAAGUAGACGACUGUUUACAUUCUAACGAGGUGGCGUGUAGUUCACCUUUCUGGAGUGAAGCUAAAAACUCGCUAGCGGUGCAGCCAUCUGGGCGCACACGCACACAAAUGCGCCCACAUCAACGCACCUACACAGUCACCAACUUGUGUGUACGCCAUACAGGUUCACACAAUCAACCGAAUGUGAGGCAAGCAGACAGUAAUACAGGUAAACACACAGUCACUAAAAUAGACAGACAAAUAGAUAGAUAG